CCACACAAUGAAGAUCGGGCUGAUUUAGUAGCUAAACUGCAAAUUGUAUGCUCUCUAUUUAUGCAUUUGUUUAUGUCUUUGAUUUGAUACGACGUGAAAAAAAAUAAAAAUUCUAGCUAGUAGUUGAUGUACUGAUGUGACGUCGUUAAAGCUCGACUCAUAUCACGUGAGUGUCAACAGGAAGCUGAACAAAAUAGUGAGAAGCUAAGAUGACAACUGCUCUGACACAGGGUCUUGAGAGAAUACCGGAUCAAAUUGGGUAUCUUGUCAUCAGCGAGGAUGGGGUACUAGCAUCCUCGGGUGAACUGGAGAAUGACGAACACACAGCAGGAGUUAUCAUGCAAAUGGUGCGAACUGCCUGCCGGUUCCGACUCAACGGAACAUCUGAGCCUCCAUUCAAACGCAUGUCAGUGAUGUUUGAAGACUGCGUGUAUGCAGUUACCGUCUCUGGACAGAAAGUGUUCGUGGUGAAACGACAGAACAACCAAAGAGAACCUGUGGUGGUGUAGACAGAUUCCAUGUGGACUGUGGCAUUCCGGUCACCUAUGGCGCAGGCCAUUGUAGUGGAAUGUUACUUGAGUGUUUUUCUUUUUUGGAAUGCUGUGGAAUACUGUUUGUCCUGAUAGGGGAGAUCUGCCCUCUUCACUUGUAAGGCAUUCUCAUUCAUUUCUGUAUUCACAAAUUGGGUGUCAUCUUAUGUGCAACGUAUGUGCUUGGAUUUCAAUUAGGAUAUCAGAUAGCACUCAAUAGAUUGGUUCUGGUCAAGUGAAAUGGACACAUUUUAGAGUGUUUUGGAGUAUGCUUAUUUAUACAUGCAACUACAAGUAUUUAUUUAAAUCAUUCACAGGGCCAUAGCACUAACCUGAAUUUUACAAGUGAUCAAUACAUGUAUGUUAUACAUAUACUAUAUUUGACAGUUGUAGAAUAUAUUCAUGUAUAAAUAAUGUAGAGAGGAAAGUGAGACCAUCCCAUUGAAACCUUCAUGACUAGCAAAUAAAUUAACAAAUAAAGUAUUUUGAGGAUUUUAAA